GGCAUGUUUCUUUACGCAAAGUUGGUGAUGCACAAUUUUCUACAACAACCACAGCUUCCAGACCUGCAUCGAGAAUUGAGGAACAAAGUCUUCCCCCGGGACAUCGGCAAAGCAUAUGAAAGAGUUCUCGCACGCAUCUUGGACCAGCCCGUGGAGGCAGAACGGAGCACUGCGCUCAGGAUCCUGUCUCUGGUGAUGUGCGCGAAGCGGGUUCUGUACUGGAGAGAGAUACAGGCAAUAUUUUGCAUCGAUUCCGCGAAUGGAACCGUGGACUAUUCUGAACGCCUGUACGCCAGUUGUAAGGAUCUGUGUGGAUCACUUUUAGAUCUCCGCCACCCACCAGGAGCGACAACAGGUCCUGAAAGUACGGUCAGCGUUGUUCAUCCUACUGCUUGCCAGUGA